AUGUUUCUGGAUAUGAAACUUGUACAAGAGUUAGUUAAGUUUCCCCGAGGAGAAAUAUUUGUUUUACCUGUUUUCUCUCUGUCAAUCUCUGUGUUUCUCUCUUCCCCCACUUCUCUCUCUCUCUUUAUUUCUCUAUUUCUUCUCUCUCUCUCUCUCUCUCUCUCUCUCUCUCUGUGUAACGUUCUAGCUAUCCUCUCUCUCUCCUCCCCCCUCUCUCUCUCUAUUUGUUCAUUAUCUAUCUAUCUAUCUAUCUAUCUAUCUAUCUAUCUAUCUAUUUAUUCUAGUUUAUUCAUUAUCUAUCUAUCUAUCUAUCUAUCUAUCUAUCUAUCUAUCUAUCUAUCUAUCUAUCCAAGUCUUUACAUAUCUAAGCUUUUUUUCAUAUUCCUUCCUUCCUUCCGUCCUUCCUUCCUUCCGUCUUUCCUUCCUUCCUUCUUUCCUUUCCCCCGCUCCAUUUAUGAUUUCAUAUGGCCUUCAUUCCCUCGUCUCUCAUUCUUUUCACUAGCUAUUUUUUCUGUCCAUUUCUUGUCACAUCGACAACAUCUAAAAAGUUUUCCCUCUCACAGCCAACAGCCACACUCCAGUCAAAAUCCCCGUACCAAUGAACUACGCCCACCCUCCAUUCUUUCAUCAAAUCUCCCUAGACACAUUUUCCAUCGGCUCCCUCAUCCAUCCAGACACUCAGACUAUUUACCCACUCAAACCCCCUCUGUACAUGGACCUCUCUGCACAAAUAUACUCGGGGAACCCAUCCGCCUUUCUAAACUGCACCCCAACCCCGGCAUAUUUUGUCCUUAUUGGUCCCUUCCUUACCCUGAUCUGGCUGACUUCAUCGCUGCCGGACCAAAAUACCACAUCUUGCCCCGAUCAUCUAUAAACAAAGUGGCAGCAGCUUCCAUAUUUUCCCCUGCUGCCAGCACAAUCACCGCCAAAGCUGCCUCCACCCCCAACACCAUCGCCAUCCCUGCAUGUUCCAUAGAAAAUAGUCCUUGGCCACACCUCCGUCCUAUAUGCCCGAUUUCUCUAUCUAACAAUCCGUCUCAUUCUUACGUGCUUCCUAUCUUCCCACUGCAUACUACCUCUGUUUCUCAUAUCUAUCUAUCUAUCUAUCUAUCUAUCUAUCUAUCUAUCUAUCUCCGCCUUUACAUAUCUACUAAAUUUCUUCAUAUCUAUUUCUCUUCUGUUAUUUUCUUUUUUUACUUCUUCAUUUUUUUCUGUGUUACUUUUUUCUUUCUUUCAUUCUUUCGUUUCAACUCUCCCUCUUUCAUUCUUCUAUUUACCCUUUUCUUCCUUACACAUUUUCACCAUCCCUGUUUCCUUCGUAAAAUCAUUUUUUCAAUUUUCUUCUUCCUAUCAUUCUCCCUUUGCAAUUUUCUUUUUCAUAUCAUUCUUCAUUUUCAAAAUUUUCUUCUUUCUGUCAUUCAUCUUAUUCAAUUUUCUAACUUCUUUUAUUCCUCUUUUUUCAAUUUUUUUUCUUUCUAUUUCAUUCUUCUUCCUUCAUUUUUUUUCUUUUACGUCACUUUCCAUCUUUCUAUUUCAUUUUUCGACUUUUUUCUUAUCUCCGUUUUGAUUUCUUUAAUUUCUAAUUCAUUUUUUUCGUUUUAUUUCUCUUCUUUUCUUUCUUUCGUUUCUAUUUUCUUCAUAAUACCAUUCUGUCCUUUUCUGUUGAGUUUUCGUUUUCCAUGUGAUGCCGGAAAAUGGAUGAAAAAUUGCCAAUAUCUAUCUAUCUAUCUAUCUAUCUAUCUAUCUAUCUAUCUAUCUACCUAA